GGUUGGGAGUUUGGGAGCGGUUUUGACUCUUAAAAAGUUAAAAACACUCCGCCUGCAACUAGUGGACUCUUGUCUGUACAUCAACAACUCCUUUUUCCCUGCUUAAGAGAGAGAGAGAGAUGGGUAAGAGAACCGAAUCUGAUGGUAUGAAGAAAGAUCAGCUUGAAAGCUCAGCAGCUUCAUCAAAAAGAGCCAAAUUAAGCACCGAGAUGGCAACAAAAGCGACUAAGACACCAGCUUCAAGUAAGAAAAAGUCAAACAACUCGAAUUCUGUUGUGAGACGAUCUCAACGCAUUCAGAAAGUGAUUUCGUGUACUCAAGGCAAGGAUAUUGAGCCUAUGACCGAAAACAUAGAUUUAAGUUUUAGUGAUGGAGAAGGUCACCAAGAUGAAGACAUGCACUACCCUAUGGAGGAGAAAAAGAUGCAGGUGGAAGACUCGGGUAUUCAGAACUUGGGAGGAAAAAUCGAGAUUUCAUGUACUCAAACCAAGGAUAUCGAGCCUGUGACCGAAAACAUAGAUUUAAGUGGAAGUGAUGAAGAGGAUCACCAAGAUGAAGAAAGACACCACCCUAUGGAGGAGAAAAAGAUGCAAGAAGAAGACUCGGGUAUUCGUAACUUGGAAGGAAAAAUCGAUUAUCUGACUCUGCUUUUAGAAGCUCAAGAAAAAAAUCAUGAAGCAAAGUCCAUGCAGGGAGUUGAUACGGGCUUUCAAUCCCCGAAUCUGUGUUGUGCUGACAUCAAAGCACGUGCAAAAAAGGAUGAGUACAAGAUCAUGUACAUAGACUCUCAAAAAAAGAUCGAGCGCUUGCAAGAGGAGAAUCAUCAACUGGCUAUGAAGUUGGAAAAUGCUCUUGGCAAGCUUCAAGCAUAUGAAAAAGGACACACCGUCUUCUCUGAAACAAUUGAGAAGCUAAAGGAUGCAAUGUUGAUAUCUACUAUUACAAAAACAACUGAAAUGAUGCUUGGUCUUUCUCCUGGGGCAAACAAUGGCGAUGGCGCUACUCCAAUUGUAACUGAAGCCAGAUCUCCAGUAGCUAAAACAAGGAAGAUAGCAAAAUCUGGUGGAAGGAAAUGACCAUCACUAAUCCCAUGGAACUGUUUGUCUACUUUCAGUGUGUGUUUUAGAUUGCAGUUAGCAUGAACUAAUUUGGUUGGUUUGUACAGCUACGCAAUACUAGACUCCUAAAACUGACAAGUCAAAAUCUUUUCCCCUGUGCUUACCUAUAUCAGUUUUAGAUGCCUAUGUACUCUGAAUGUUGAUUUCCUGGGCAUAAGAAUUGUGAAACAUGAAUCCUGGACA